AUGUCGCUCUUCACCUGGUGUACCCGCCGGUGCGGAGGGCUGGCCAUGCUUGCAGCUCUGGCCCUCUCCUACUGGGUGGUUAGCAAGGAGGCCAUCGUGUCGCGCAACGAUCUCUUCAAGCACCAACAGAGAGAUAUUCUCAGCCCCAUCCCCCAGUCGCCCACAACCGCUGAGGGCGCCGGCUUGUGGACCGUUGUGUUCGCCUACUACUGUCUGUUCAUUCACGUCCUCGUCGCCGCCUUCCCCCUCCGCUCCUGCUGGGCCAUGUGGGAUCUCACCCGCAGCUUGAAGAGGGCCGCCCACAGCAAGGCCCUCCAGAGCCUCAAGUUUGCCCACCGACGUCGGGGCUCUUCCACCUCUCUGUCAAGCUCCGAGACCCUGACCUCAUCCCAUGGAUCCUCCGCGAGCAGCGAAGCUGGCGACCUAGAGGCUGAGCUCUACACCGAUGGCGAUGCCGAGCCCGAUCAUAUCGUCCAUGCAGUCGUGAUUCCGAACUACAAGGAGGAGUUGGACACCCUGAGGGAGACAUUGGAGGUUCUCGGCUGCCACCCCCAAGCCCGCAACAGCUAUGAUGUGUAUCUGGCCAUGGAGUCUCGCGAGAACAAUGUGGAGUUGAAGGCUAUGGGACUCGUUCAAGAGUUCAUCAAGAAGUUCCGUUCCAUCGACUUCACCAUCCACCCGUCUGACAUUCCUGGCGAGAGCGCUGGCAAGGGCAGCAACAUGGCCUGGGCCGUUCGCAAGCUGAGUGAGAAGUACUCCAUGGAAGCCCGCAAGGAUGUUAUUGUCACAGGCAUCGAUGCUGACAGCCAUCUCUCGUCCAACUACUUUGCUCACCUUACGUCCAUGCAUUUGUCCUACCCCGAGACCGCUAAAACGACCAUGUACGCCGCGCCAAUCAUCUUUGACCGCAAUUCGCACAGCGUCACCGCUCUCGUCCGUGUUGGCGAUAUCCUCUGGGCAUCAGCGGGCAUGUCUGGCCUCUACCGCGGCUCAACAAUCGCCCCGCCAACUUCUGUCUACUCUGUACCUCUGGAGCUGGUCGACCGCGUUGGCGGGUGGGACUGUGACCCCGAAGCAAUCGGCGAGGACCUGCACAUGUACCUCAAGUGUUUCUUUGCACUCAACGGCAACCUGACUGUUCGCACCAUCGUCAGCCCGGUCAGCCAGACCAACGUCACUGGCGGCGCGGGCGGUGGGCUCAAGGGUAUGGUGGCCGAUAUCAAGGCUCGAUACAAGCAGGCCAUUCGUCACAUGUGGGGGGCUCUCGACUCCGGAUACGCUAUUCGCAAGGUCGUUGAGCUCUGGCAAGAGAGGAAGCACACCUCACGGUCAUUCCGUCCUAUCCACAGCACUCUUCAAGACACCACCGAUGUCUAUGUCCCACACAACCAGAACCUCGACCCUGAAGCGCCACCUGCCGAGAACGGUAUCUUCUCCGACGUGACUCACGACACUCUCAAGGGGCCCAACUGGGAACGCAUCAUCUACCUGUUCCACCGCCUGUUCGAAGCCCACUUUCUACCCCUGCAGACCACCAUCCUCAUCAUUGCUUCAACUCUGUACGUCUGGGCCACAGAGGGCAAGCCGGACGUGCACGGUAUCAACUGGAUUUUCGACGCUUGCAAUGUCCUGAGGACUGCAGGCUUCAUGGAGAUUGCAUUCCUGUUGUUCCUGUACGAGCGCUUCCACAGGAUCUGUGUGCAGACUCGCGAAAAGGAGAUGAGCGACGCGGGUCUCGCCAAGGGUAUGAACUUCUCCCACCGCCACGUCAGCAAGAACUGGAAAGACUACUGCAUGGUUCCAAUCGUCGCGCCACUGUUCGGCGCCGUCCCCUGCGCUCAGGCCCAAGUCUGCCAUUUUUGGACGCUCGAUCUUGUGUACACGGUCAGCAAGAAGGUCACACGACAAAGAUCGCGGUCCAUGGCCGCAGCCACGCUCGCAUAA